CGAGCGCUUCCGGUGUCCUUCCCCAUGUGUCUGUCAGUCGGGAUUCGGGAAGAGUUGCCGAUCUGAUCCACAGUCAUGCUGAAGUCUCUGAGCCGCGCCGCGCACCUCGCAGCCCGUUUGUCUGGCAAAAGCGCCGCUGUUCCCGGCAUCAGCAUCAGCAGCAUCAGCCCCUUCAGCCGGUCCAUCUGGAGCAGGUGUCAUAACGGAGCGGCGUCAGGAUACAGGCCGAAACUGCUCACUUCUAAACGGCUUCUGCCUUCAGCGUCCUGCGGCUGUGGAGCUCUGCACACAGACGGUGAUAAAGCUUUUACAGAGUUUCUUACAGAUGAAAUCAAAGAAGAAAAGAAGAUUCAAAAGAGCAAGACGCUUCCUAAAAUAUCUGGCGGGUGGGAGCUUGAACUGAACAGCACAGAAGCCAAACUGGUCCGCUCGAUCUCUGGAGAAAAAGUCACUGUCACUUUCAACGUGAACAACAGUAUCCCACCGCAACUGGAGGAGGAGCCUGAACAGACACCGAAGGGUCCGGAGCACGAGCCUGACAUUGUCUCAACACCCAACUUUGUGGUAGAGGUGACGAAACAGGGAGCAACUAACUCACUCGUGUUUGACUGUCACUUCCCUGAAGAUGAGCUCUUUGUGUGCGAUCAGACCAGUGGGGGUGAGGAAGAGCGUGAUAUCUUUGCCAUCCGUGAGGUCAGUUUUCAGCCGGAGGGAGACGCCGACUGGAAGGAAACCAGUUACACACUCAACACAGACUCUCUGGACUGGGCACUGUAUGACCAUCUGAUGGACUUCCUGUCUGACCGUGGCGUUGACAACACGUUUGCACAUGAGCUCAUUGAGUUGAGCACGUCACUGGAGCAUCAGGAGUACAUCAAGUUCCUGGAAGAUCUCAGCCGCUUCAUCAAAUGCAAAUAAUCGGGGUCGUUUUUGUACAGUCGAGAAUGAUCCCAAACGUUGUGAUACUUCUUGUACAUGUGGGUCUCUAAUGUGAUGACUCAAUGAAGACAAAGGCAUAACAAAUAUUUAAUUUUAUAUUGUUUUUCAUGUUAUAUCAGUGCAGCAUAUGCACCGGGCCAUUGUCUUUAAAUAGAGCUCCCAAUCGGAACGUUUUUCAGAAAUGAGCCACAUUAUCACCCAACAUCAAAUAUUGAUGAGUUAAUCUUGCUUUACAUUUAAUGAUUGUCUUUCUAAUAAAAGCCAGUGAAAAGUACAAA